AUGGCCCUCCGCAAAAAUAACCCGUGCGAUUUCCGAAUUUUUGGUGUUCCACAAUUGACCUUUAAAGUCGGGCAGAGCCCGUUAUCAGAAAGUGGGUUCAUCAUGCUAUUCCACAUACCGAUUUCGGCUCAAGCACCAAUUAUGGAACACAGUUUUUAUAACCUCCAAAAAUUCAGAAAUCGCACGGAAUUUUCCAAAAAUUCAAAAGCCCACUUCAAUGAGGCACCCACACGGAAACCUUUAGUAAAAGGCGAAAGGUUUAUACGUUCUGCGAGUACCUCGUGGGAAGAUAAGAAACGAAGAGAAGAUUUUCAUCGUAUAUUUAUAACAAUUUCAAAUUUAGGUGAAUUAUGGGAUUUACAAAAUGGUAAAUAA